GUCUCGGCAGCCCUGCGCUCUCUUGUCUUCCAUCUCCUCUUCCCUCCUCCUCCCCGCGCACAGGUCACAGGCAUCCUCUUCUUCCCCUCCGGUUUUCUUCGCUCCAAAUCGCCCAAAACUUCCAAGACCAUGGCAGACGCCGCCGCUGACACCACCACCGCUGUCGAGGUGCCUGUUGCCAAGGACCUUAAAGAAAAGAAAGAAGUUGUAGAGGAACCAGAGAAGAAGACAAAGAAUGCAAGUGGAGAUGCUCCCUCCAAUGGAACUGAGGCGAAUGGUGCAGAUCACAGUGAAGAGAACACAGAGGAUCCGGAGGAGGAGGAAGAUGAAGCAGAGAGUGAGGGUGACGGCAAAGAGGAAGAAGAGGAGGGUGAAGGAGAUGAAACCGAAUCAGAUGGUCAUCCUGUAAAACGCCCAGCUGAUGACGAGGUGACCAAAGAGGAAACUGACACUAAAAAACAGAAGACAGAAAAUGGAGAUUCCACAGAAGCAAAAGAUUCUGCCUAAUUCCCUCCCAUACCCCUUUCCAGACAUUUUAUAGCUUAAGUGACAUGGUUGAAUUUAAAUUGUAGAGAACGUGCUUUAUAUCUGUACAUUUUACAGAACGAAUUUUUAUAUACUGUAAACCCACAUGCACUAGAGACCUGUAACAUCACACAGCCAAGAUAGCUAAGGUUUUUGUAAAAUGUUAUUUAUUGGUGCUUGUUUGUACUGGUUGACUGCUACAAUAAAAGAUCUUAACUUUUUGUUUUAAAUGGUGGUAUAGCUUUGCUUUUCGUACAUCUUCGAAGCACAUGUCUUUCAUAUUAGUACGGCCAUGUGUAUUCCUGAGUGAAGCUGCCUUCCUGUAAUAUAAUGGUGUUAGGAUAGAAAGUUUAAUAUGCAAUAAAGGCCAAAGAUAUGGGUCUUCUAUAGCCAGAGGGAAAUCUGGGGCAUUCUGUAUAGAUCUUUGGAAUCCAUUUUGUUGCUGUUCAGUAUAUAGUUGUGGUGCAAGCAAAGUUUGGAAAUUGCAAGGUUCGAUAUGUAAAUUUCUCUGUAUCCUAAUGUGCUAUCAAAGUGUGUAUGGCAGAGAUUUUUGAGGCAUAGACGCUAGUCUGUAUACCAUUUCUGACUAGGUUAUAAAACUGUAUACCUCAUUAGUUAAUGCUUGACCACUACUUUGUAUAUUCAGGUUAAGUACUAUAAAUAAAUCUUUCUUUUAUACAAAAAAA